AUGUCGAGAUCGUUGGAGGAGGAACUCGCUUUAUUUGAGCAAGAAAUUUCUGCCGUUGAAAAUGGCUUAGAAGAUUCUUCAGCUGAAUCUAUCGAAGAAUCAGAAGAACAAGCAGCACUUGCAGAAUGCAGUGAUAAUGGUGAUGAGAAACCGGAGUCCAUGAUUGGACCAGCGGCAAUUUCUGGACCUAUCUUACCAUCGAAUGGUCUUAAUGAGGGAUCUUCGCAACAGCCGUCACCUGGUGCAGCUGGAAAAAUUCGUCCAGCUUUACCUUUCCUUCCACAUGUAAUGCUUCGUCCUGGUUUCUUGCCAGCGCCAAAUCUUGGAGUAAGACUUAUGCCACCUCAGGUUAAUUUAUUGUUAUAUUAUUUUACCUUGCGUUUCCCAUUGCCAGAAUUCAUGCGACCUCCAAUCCCGCCACCUCAGCCGGCUGUAUUGGUGUCAGGGCCUAGUCUCUAUGAAGAUAAAGCAUUGAAAAAUAAGGAAGUUGAGAAGGAAAAAGAUCCAGAACCGAAGCCACUUACCAUGAAAACACAAGCUUUAUCGUCCGAUGUUGAAUUAAUUGCACAAAAAAGGCACGCUGAGGCUAUGCAUAGGACAAGCUAUCUUGGUCGAGUCAUGCGUGGCGAGAAGAAAAUGAAACGAUUUUUAAGAUCCUGUGGUGGUCAAGUUUGGGAAGAUAAAUCUCUGGCCGACUGGGAUCCAAAUGAUUUUAGGAUUUUUUGUGGCGAUUUAGGUAAUGAAGUAUCUGAUGAACUUCUAGCAAAGGCAUUCCGAAAAUAUCCGAGUUUUCAAAAAGCUAAAGUGAUACGAGAAAGUCGGACAAAUAAAUCUAAAGGAUAUGGAUUUGUUUCAUUUAAGCAUCAAGAUGAUUUUGUUCGUGCAUGUCGUGAAAUGGAUGGUAAAUAUGUGGGGAAUCGGCCAAUUAAAUUACGUAAGAGCAAUUGGAAAGAAAGAAAUAUUGAAACGGUGAGAAAGAAGCAGAAGCAAAAACAGCGACUUGGAAUGGCAUAA